ACUAACUACUUACUACUUACUACUGCUACCAUGAGUUCAUCCGAUUCCGUCCCCAGACCACACGACGCCUACUCUACCAAGGCCAAGAAGCCUACCAACAUUACCCCUCAGGAGAAAGUGAAAGCUCUCCAUGACAUCGUAAAGAGAGCCAGGGUCGGCAUGCUCACCACCCGCAAUGCGGAGGGGUCUUUCCACUCUCGUGCUAUGGCGCCUACUGGACCAAUCACGCCAUACCAAACACACUUGGUCUUCCUCGCCAACAACGCUUCACGCAAGUUCGAAGAAAUCCAGAACGACGCUCAUGUUAAUGUUUCCUUCUGCGACGAGAAAACCACCAGCUGGGCUUCAUACACUGGUAUUGCACGGGUCAGCCAGGAUAAGGAGAAGAUAUCGAAACACUGGGGUGUCGGGACAUCAAUAUGGUUCGGAGAUCUUGGAGAUGGCAUUCACAAAGGCAACCGAGAAGAUCCCCGAGUGACGAUCAUUGAAGUCAUCCCUGAGUCUAUUCGUUACUGGAUCCCAGCUCCUUCGAAGGCUGGUCGUAUCGCGGAUAUCGUUACCAGUGCAGCGACUGGCCAGGCUGCUACGCCUGGCCGCUUGAACACGAUAACAAAGGAAGAGGUCUGUACAACAUUUUUUUCUCAUGAGGGUUGGUGGAAACGAUGGCUAAAUGUGGUGUUGCCUGCAGAUCGAAGUGCUUCGAGAACUCGAUGCCAAGAACGUCAAGGAGGUCAAGCAGAAGGGGGCCAAACAGACCCCAGCGAAGGAGGCCGAGCAGACCCCAGCGAAGGAGGCCGAGCAGGCCCCAGCGCAGGAGGCCGAGCAUGCCCCAGCGAAGGAAGAACAAAAGGUUCAGGCGUAAAGGAUGGACUGAAGAAAUAACGGACUUUCAUUUGUAUCAUAGUCAUCGACCGCGUCGUCCGUUGAUGUGUCACAGUUGGUAUUGUUGUAUGUCGAUCAUUCUGUAACCUUGCUUCUAUUUUCUUCUGUUUAUUCAACUAUGUAUGAUUUGUGUACCAGCUUUUAUUCCCGCCACUUUAGCUGGGUCUUGCACCUGUCCGCCAUUUUCAGAGUCCCAGGUGCCAGUUCAAAUUCAGAAGGUGACGUCGUUCGCCAUCGACCACUUGGUCCGUGCGUCUGGACGGGCCGACAGGCCUCACAUAUCCUCCCUUUAAAUCUCUCAAUUGAAAGCCCUCAAUCGAAAGCGACAACGAAUUUCGUAU